AUGCUCCCCUUCCUCCCCCUCCUCACCUUCCUCCUACCUUCUCUAUCCCUUCCCUCCUCCUACACACUCGACAUCCCCACAUUCAUCACCACUGAGUCUCCUAUUGCCCUCUCCGGCUUGCUCGCCAACAUCGGUCCCUCAGGUUUGAAAGCCGAGGGGGCAGCGAGCGGCGUCGUCAUCGCCAGCCCUUCUACUGAGAACCCAAACUAUGACUAUACCUGGAUCAGGGAUGCUUCGCUUGUGAGCAAACUCCUUGUCGACCGCUAUACCCAAGGCAGGGAUCCCUCGCUGCAGGGGAUAAUCGACGACUGGGUCAGUGCCAUGGGUAUCCUACAGCAAGUGCCUAACCCAUCGGGGAACGUCAGCACCGGUGGUCUGGGAGAGCCAAAGUUCAACCCGGAUCUGACUGCGUUCACCGGCGCAUGGGGAAGGCCGCAAAGGGACGGUCCUGCUCUUCGCGCAAUCUCUAUGCUCACGUACGCUACCUACCUCCUCGGCCAGGGGAAUACGAGCUACGUACGGAACACGCUCUGGCCCAUGAUCACCCUCGACCUGGGGUAUGUGGCGCAGAACUGGAACAUGACGGGCUUUGACCUGUGGGAAGAACAAGACGGGUCGAGUUUCUUCACCCUGCUCAGUCAGGCGAGGGCGUUACAUCAGGCUGCUCCUUUAGCUCAGACAUACGAGGACGCGAGUACGGCGCAGAUGUGGGAGCAGCAGGCGGGGAACAUCCUCUGCUUCUUGCAGUCCUUCUGGACCGGGAACUACGCGUUGGCGAAUAUCAACCUACCCUCUUCCCGCUCUGGACUGGAUACGAACACGGUACUAGCCUCGAUACACGCCUUUGAUAUUGCAGCUGGGUGCGAUAGUAACACCUUCCAGCCCUGUUCUGACAAGGCGCUUGCAAACCAUAAAGCCGUUGUGGACUCUUUCCGCUCUCUGUACUCUUUGAACAGCCAGUACGGGCCCGAUCAGUCUGUGGCGGUAGGGAGGUACAAAGAGGAUGUGUAUUACAACGGGAACCCAUGGUACCUUACCACCCUGGCCUGUGCAGAACAACUCUACUCCUCGCUCCAGACCUGGACAUCCCAAGGGUACCUAACGGUCACCCCCCUCUCUCAGCCUUUCUUCGCCCAGUUCCUCCCUUCCAUCUCCUCCGGCACCUACGCCUCCUCUAACGAGACGUAUACCCAGCUGGUGCAAGGCGUGCAGGGGAUGGCAGACGGCUUCGUCUCCAUUGUACAGCAGUAUCUCCCCUCAGACGGAGGCCUGAGCGAGCAAUUCCAUAAAUCCUCGGGUACUCCCACCUCCGCUGGUGAUCUCACCUGGUCAUACGCCUCCUUCCUCUCCAUGGCCGACUCACGAGCGUCCCUCCCCCCCUCCUCCUGGGGCGCCCAAACCCUCUCCCUCCCCUCCGUCUGUCAGCCCGGCCCCCAACCCCCACAAGUCCAGAUAACAUUCGUCGAAUCCGCCACAACCCAAUACGGGGAGAACAUCUACCUCACAGGGUCGAUCCCCCAACUAGCUGACUGGAGCACCACGGCCGCUCUCCCUCUUGGCGCGGCGAACUACCCCGAUUGGAGUGUGACUGUUCAAGUACCGGUCGGGGAGAGCUUCCAGUAUAAGUUUAUUAGGAUAUAUAAUGGUCAAGUGACGUGGGAGAGUGAUCCUAAUAGGCAGUACACGGCGCCAGAGAGUGAGGAAGUGACGGUUGAUGAUACAUGGCGGGCAAGCAACGUACAGUACGGUACUGUAGCAUUAGCACGCACGCAUGACGUAUAG